AUGAAUAAAGUGGUGGACCAAGUCAUUGGAACCCCAGAGACCUUCACUACGGUUUCUUCGGAUACUCAAUCUCAUAGUCAUGGAUCCGUGUCUCCUCAACCCGGACUUUCAUACACUCCUUCCGAGAGUCUUGAUUCGUAUGCAGGAUAUAAUACGGUCAAGCAAGAUCCUUUUGAUGAUGAGUGGAGUGCUGAGCUUACUAUGUUGAUUGGUGAUGCUAAGUUGAGUCAGGCUCAGACUGAAGUGCACGCCCCGACUGAAGCCCCAACAAUUGCCAAUCUUGCACCUCUUUUCAUUCCUCUGACGCCCAAUAACAGUGUACAAUACUCGAGUUUGCAAGCUAACGUUGACGAUUCCAACCCCACCACUGAACAUCAGGUUAAUGAAUGGGACAUGUGCUUGCAAGAUAUCCAAAUUGCUUGUGCUUCCAACACCCCUAUUACCCAUAAGAGAAGCCAUGACAUGCAACAGAUACCUAUGAAGAUGGUUAAGCGACAGAGAUGCAUCUCAUCCAAACCAGAACUAGAGACACCGAAGUCUGAUGAGUCCAAGAACCCCGAGAAGCUUGAGGACCCCUCCGAGAAACUCAAAACAAGACCUAGGCAGGAAAAUAAGUUCCUCAAGUGCUUCUCGUACCUAAAGACAAACUAUCUUAACCUCUGCUCUACAUAUAAUUGUCUACUAGUGAAAUAUGACAAUUCAGAGGCUGAGAAAGUGAAGUUAAAGAUUCAGAACCGAGAACUUAAGGGUCUAAUGGACGGACUAUUACAUGAAGUGAACGUUCUCAGAGCAAAAGAAAGAAGAGAAAAGAGAGCUACCAUUAAUGGCACCUGGACUCAGAAGCUAUGA